UCCACAUUUCCCUCGCAACUAGCAACAAAAUUUUUCACCCUCACCCAAACUCCCCAACCACCACCUCUACCCCUCCGACCCACAGAAACGGGCAAUUUCCAAAAAAUACGUGGUAUAUAGUUGGUCUAGUCACUUCCUCACGUUUGAUUUUCAUCCAGAACUCCCGGAACCUUGCUGUUAUACCCGACGCCUUCUUCUCCGUUUUCUGCACUUUAUUUUUUUUUUUUUUGCUUUUUGGUAUUUGUGUUAAAAAACCAGAAAAUCUGUAAUCGUUAUGUCUCACAUUCAACCCUCCUCUGUUCUUCCGGUAACUUCAAUGGCAUAUAAUCAGUUUUCGAUUCCCAAAGCAGUAGAUGAAAAGGAAAAUUCACUUUUCGACGUUACGUUUCAGGAUGAGCCUGACGAGUCGAAUGCGGCUCCUCUGAAUCGGCCUCCUCCUGGCCCUGCGGUCCCAAACCCCGUGAGUAUGGGUGGUGUCCUGCAACUUGGACCCGCUGUUGGUAUGCCUUCUCAUCAAAACCAGCUUCCCAUGAGAGGAUUGAUGGAUGACGCAGCGUACGCCACGCAGCAGCUUACGCUUCGUGCCCUGCUGUCGACACGUGAGGCAGGUAUCAUUAUCGGCAAAUCUGGUAAAAAUGUGGCCGAACUGCGUAGCACGACAAAUGUUAAGGCUGGCAUUACAAAGGCUGUUCCUAACGUCCAUGAUCGUGUGCUUACGAUCAGUGGCUCCUUGGAAAACGUUGUUCGUGCUUAUCGUUUUAUCAUCGAUAUUUUUGCAAAGAACAGCACGAAUGCUAAUGGAACCCCCGUGGAUCCCCAUGCUCCUCGCAAGCUCCGCUUGCUUAUUGCCCAUUCUCUGAUGGGCAGUAUUAUUGGCCGUAAUGGCCUCCGUAUCAAGCUCAUCCAAGACAAGUGCUCGUGUCGCAUGAUCGCUUCAAAAGACAUGCUCCCUCAGUCAACCGAGCGUACUGUUGAGGUGCACGGAACAGUUGAGAAUCUCCAUGCCGCAAUCUGGGAGAUUGGAAAGUGUUUGAUUGAUGACUGGGAGCGUGGUGCCGGUACUGUUUUCUACAACCCUGUUUCCCGUUUGACCCAACCAUUCCCUACCGUUGCAACAUCUCCUCGUGCUGUUUCUCAGCAAAUGACUCCUGCUAUUCCAAGCCCUAUGAUGGACGGUGGAGCUGCCCCUUACUUUUUCCCUCCCGCUGCUCCUCAACAGCCUCGCAUUACUCAAAACAUCAGCAUCCCCGCGGAUAUGGUUGGAUGCAUCAUUGGCCGUGCAGGUUCUAAGAUAUCCGAAAUUCGCCGUUCCAGUGGUAGCAAGAUCUCAAUCGCUAAGGAGCCUCAUGACGAGACAGGCGAACGUAUGUUUACAAUUACUGGUACUCACGAAGAAAAUGAGCGAGCUCUCUACCUACUUUACCAGCAACUCGAACUGGAGAAGGACCGCCGUAGUCAUUAAGAAACCCUCCUUAUGGAGCCCUUUUUCAAUGUGCGUUGAGCCGACCGUUGCGUGUCUUAUCGGUUGGUAUCGCACGUUGUUUUCACUGGGCUGCAGUCAUAUGUAGCCAUCUUCGCGUCCCUUUUCUUCCCUAUACUAUUCCGUUUGCAAACUACACUUCAUUUCGUUUACGCAUUUCAGGUGGUUCAGCGGUUGCUGGUGGGAGUUUGAUAUAUGGAACAUUGUUGCUCCUUCGCUCCUUUGGGCAAGCAGUUUACUACCUUCUUACCAUGCUCGUGCUGCGCAAUGACCGAGCUCGGUGUCCCUCCACGCCGCCGACUCUCUUUUGCUUCCCAAUCCGCAUGUUACAUACACAUCUUCAGCCUACCUCUCUUUUUGUUAUAUAAAGUCUCUUCUCGUCUACUACCGCCCUUCGACCGAUGCUUAUUCUGUUUCUCUUUUGUUCACGUGUGUUUCGUUGUUUCCUUAGGUGCUGUUGAGAAGCACCACGCUCGAAUCAACAGUAACUCCAAUCGUGUUAGUCUGAUCCUCCAAUUGACCGCUUUAAUAUGGGACUCUCUUCUACCUGCCUUAGCUAUACAUUCGUUUGUUCAAUAGUUAUGUAUGCUGAAA